GUUUGCUUACUAAACGUCAGUCAGAGCGAGCUUUUCCGACGAAUUGUUGGACGAGCAGUACGUCACGGUGGGACGAAGAAGAAGAAUAAAAAUCUCGUCGUUUUAUAUUUUGCAAAAUAAAUUGAAGAAUCGGUCGCAAAAGUGGUGUUGUCUUUUUUUUAUGUUAUUGUUCACGUUCCCAGUGUGGUGUUGUUGUGCAAAGAAUAAAAUAGACAAAUUAGUUGCUGCCAGAGAGACAGUGAGAGGAAAGAAGAAAAGACGACGACAAAGUUGGGCGCAAACGGAGACUGCGAGAGGAAGGAAGGAAAAAAGCUUAAAUGCUUAAAUGGACGCGGCGGCUAUAAUUACGCAAGUUUCCCGCGAAGAUGAGCAAUUGAAUGCAUAUCCCGUCGACAAAGUUGAAAAUGUUGAUGAUAGACUAAAGCCACCGAAGCGAGGAUUCUUCCAGGCGAUAUUCUGUUGCUGGCGACGAGCACGGACGAAAAGUAAUCAAAAUGGGACACCAGUGGAUGGAUCAAUUACACCGCCACCACUUCAGGGACCCCAGAAGUAUUUGUUGCCACCGGUUCGGCAUUCGGAUAUGCACAAAAAGUGCAUGGUUAUAGAUUUAGAUGAGACCCUAGUGCAUAGCAGUUUUAAGCCUAUCCCAAAUGCAGAUUUCAUUGUACCAGUGGAAAUUGAUGGGACUGUCCAUCAAGUUUAUGUUCUCAAGAGGCCACAUGUUGAUGAGUUUCUCAAGAAGAUGGGUGAACUCUAUGAGUGUGUCCUUUUUACAGCAUCACUGGCAAAGUAUGCCGAUCCAGUGGCGGAUUUGCUGGACAAAUGGAGCGUCUUUCGUGCGAGACUCUUUAGAGAAUCAUGUGUCUACCAUCGGGGCAAUUAUGUAAAAGACUUGAAUAAGUUGGGGAGAGAUUUGCAAAAGAUUGUUAUUGUUGAUAACUCACCUGCAAGCUAUAUCUUCCAUCCGGACAAUGCGGUGCCAGUAAAGUCCUGGUUUGACGACGUCACGGACUCAGAAUUGCUCGAUUUAAUACCACUUUUUGAGAAAUUGAGCAAAGUUGAAUCCGUUUAUAGUGUAUUGUGCAAUUCAAAUCAACCCAUUUUGCAAACGGGAAGUCCGCCCAGCAUAAAUGAUGUGAAUAACACGUAACAGUGGGAAUAUUAUUUUAUUAACAUUUAAAAAAACAUACAACAAAAAAAAUGCAAAAUGAUCAACACAUGUCAAGGAGAAAAGUUUUAACAAAAGAUGAAAAAUUAAGAAAUGAAAUUAGAUAAAAAAUGGACGUACUCUGCAUAGAAAGACAUCUUCAAUGCUUCAUUUUUUUUUCAUUUAAACAUAAUCUUUAAAAAAAAACAAAAUAAUAUAAAUUUUUCUUUUCUUUUGAAGAAGAAAAUAAAUGAAAUCUAUGCAGGGCCAUGGAAGGAAAAAGAAAUGAUUUUUAAACAAAAAAAAUAUGAUUAGUUUUUAGUGUUAUUUUAUUAGUGUAUGAAAAAAUACAGAAAUUAAUCAAAGGGAAAUCUAUAAAGAUUCGCAAUUGGGGGUAUGUUUGUGGGAGAAUUAAGAGAAACAAAGGAAAUUGUGUGUAUGUCGUGUAAAAUUUGUAUUUUAUCUAUGUGGAUAAAAUUAUUUUUUUCCAAACGAAUGAGUGAGGUGAAAAAUAAAGGAGGAGUUAAUAUGAAUACAGAAGAAGUGUUAAAUGAAUGUUCUUUUUAUCAAUGAAAGAAAGUAAGACUGUGUGUGAAAUGAUGUAAAAUAUUUUAUGUAAUUAUAAUUAAAAAAAAAAAGAAAAAAAUUUCUGUUUUCAAUUUUUCAUGAAAUGCAUUAAAAAUGAUUUAUUUUAGUGCGUGGUGUAAAAAUCGUGAGUGCAAAAAAACAGAUAAAAUUAAGUUAAUGUAUAACCCGUAGAAAUGUAUACCAGUAGUAGAAAAAAAAAUCUAAUUUAAUAAGAAGACAUUUUGGCACACACUUCAUUUUUUAUAGAAAAAAAAACGAAAUAAUAUUUAUCAGUUAAAGUUUAUGUUUUUUCUUUCGUUUUAUUAGAGAUUUCCAAUUCAGAAAAAUUUUCUGUUGAUACCAACACAAUUCUGUAGUAAAUUUCAUUGUUUUUUUUAUUCUUAUUUACAAUAUAGAAGCUCUUAAAUGAAAAGAUAGUCUUUUCUUUAAGUUAGGUGCUAUCUGAAUUUAUAGUUAUUUGGGGGGAAUUCUUUCAUUGAUUUUAACCAUGGAAGGAUGCGAUUAUUGGUAGGUAAUGGAAAUCAUCCCGUAAGAAAUUUAUUUCCUCUGAAAAAGUUUUCAUUUUCACCACAAAAUUUUCUUGAAAGAAAAAAAAAGAACUGGUGGUGUUAAGUACUGAGAUUCGAACCCAAUGAAUUAAGGUUAUAAAGCUAGUAUUUUACCUAUUGUACCAAAAUAUUUUUCUUUCCAAUACAAUGGGUUUUACUAUGAUUGAAAUUGUAUUUUAGAUAAAAGGGCAAUUGGGAUGCUUUUAUAAAUAAAAAAAAUAGUGCUGCAAAUGAACCAGAUAGCAGCACUUAUAUCCACAAUUGAAAAAAAAGAAUUAUAGUUUUUUUUAUCAAUUUUCUCGACAAAGAUUAACUCAAAGGUAAGACACUAUUUUCGUCUUAUAUUAAAUUUGAACUGUACCACCCAUUAGCACUCAGUUGUCCUUCUUUCUUUACGACCUCAGUGAUUUUACGUUAAAUGUUAACCUGCUCAAAAGUUAGAUUCUUUUAAAACGGUAGGGAUGACUGCGGUAGUAAACGUUCAAACAAUUCUCAUAACUUCUCUUUUCCGCAAUAUCCAUGCCUUAAGUCCUUAUCCUUGAAGAAUUACAAAAGAAAACUUUUAUAUAAUUCACCAAUUAACCGUUUUGCGAAAUUUUGCUUUUCAUUUGUUUGAAUCUACUUCUUUUACAGGGCAGAGAAAGCUCUAUAAAAAUUACCAUAAAAGGGUUAAGUAAAUUGUUUUUCUCAAAUAAAUUUCAGAAAAUAAUAAAUUAAACAUUCAACAAAGAAUAAUUUUACUUUCUAUUCAAUUGUGAGCUUCUAAAUAAUUUUGUUUUAUAAAUACAGAGAGAACAGUAUUAUUUAAUUUUUAUAGAAUUCAAUUUAUAUUUUUUUUUUUACAAAACAAACAUCUAUUUAAAUAAACAAACAUUCAUCACACUGACAGAACUAAAUAAAAAAGUAAACAAAAAGAAAACAAUUAGAACAUGAAUAAAAAAAUAGAAAGUAAUCCAUCAUGAAAUCCGAGGGAUUUUUGAGAAAAUAGAAAAAAAGAAAAAAUAAAUAAAAUGGACCACAAAUUAAUUUUCAGAGAGACCAUAUAAAUAGUGGAAAUAGUUUAUAUAAUAUAAUAAAGGAAAACAAGGGAAAAAAAUUGCUGAUAGAAAUUCAAUUUUUAAAAAGAACGAACUGAAUUUGUAUUUUUAUACAACUUGAAAAAAAGAAGGAUGCAACAGUUUUACUACAAAAAGUAUAUAUUUAAAUUAUAUAAGAAAAAAAAAAGAAUAAAAAUCACGUAGUAAUAGAAGAAAAA